UAAAAAAAUGUGUAAGCAAUUCAUAAGAAAUAAAUUGCAUUCUUUGACAUUGAAAGUAAUCUCAUUAUUAAUCUUUGGCAACUCAAAAGGCAACUUGAUCACAAAGCUUUCACAUAGUAGCCUGGCGAAAGUUGUCAAGUCGCCAUAUUUUUCUGGAAAGAACAAUAAAUCUAGAAAGGCCGUCUAGUCGGGAAGAAUUCGUAUAUAUUAGUUAAAAUAACAAUCCCUAAGCAUAGCCAUGAUGAAUACAAGUGAGGAAGAAUUCUCUAAUUCGGAUGCAUGGCUUUCGGAGCAAUUAUUCGCCCAGUUAAAAGAAUUUAAUUCAGACUUCAGAGAUAAGACUGUUGCGGAUACAUCGGCGACAUUUGUAUUUCCGUCUGGAAGUUUAAAUUGUUUGCCGGAGGUUGAACCGCAAGAUUUAACAAAAUCAAGAAUGGAAAAUUUCGAAUCUGUUUUUAAAUUACCGGCAAAUAUUCCUCCUUUUGAUAUGAAUGACGUGCUCGAUUUAAGUAAUAUUGCUGGUAGAGGUUCCGAUGCGGCGCUCUUGGAUUUAGUCGAAACUCUUCCACUUACUCCAUUUGCCACACCGGUUACUGAAACUUCUGCAGUGGUCACCGAAACGCCGAAACAAGCUACGACACCAUUCGAUGCCACAGAAGAGGAAUUAAAACUUCUAAAAUUUCUUGAGUCGCAAUCACAGAGCAAUCAGUUUGAUUCUAAAUUUAACAUACCAACCGAGAUACCCUCGUCAGCUUAUCGUAUUGUGAAGUGCUCGAAUUGUAACUGCCUCUUUGAUAUAAUAUCCUUUCAGUCUCAUGUUUGUGUUUACGAUGAACAUCACAAUCUCAUAAUUCCUCCUGCCUCUGCAUCAACACCCAUUAGUAAGCCAAUUAAAGAAGAACCGAUAUUACCCCCCGAACCGGCAUGUAUUCGGUUAUUGCGGGAAAACCAAAUACGCAUUCGACGCUUUUUAAAGGAUGAACUUAGAUACGAUGUCAAUGCUUCAAUUAACAGUAAUGCAAACAAUUCUAAUAAUAAUAUAGGCAGUAAUGCUUCUUACAUAUCAACCGGUUCGAAUUCAUCAACAAAUAAUUCAAAAAAACAAGAUGGGCCACAUGAGUGUACAUUGUGUGAACGCAAAUUUGUUCAUGCCUCUGGCUUAUUGCGGCACAUGGAGAAACAUGCAAUGGAUCUAAUACCGACGCCAGGCGCCUCUUCUGGUGGCAAAACGGCUACCUCACAAGGUAGUUCACUGCAGAGCGUUAAUGGUCUUCGGGUGGUAAUUAAGUGUACUUUAUGUGGACGUAUUUUCUUUGAACCACAUGCGGCCUUCGCCCAUUUAUGUUCUCAUUUUCCGGGAAGAAUGCAAGAAGAAAAAGAAUUUGAUAAUUGUGCCGAAAUACCUUAUGAGACGUAUGUAGAUGACGCUAUGCAUUUUUUGAGAGUGGAGGCGAGAGGUUGCUCAGAUGCCUUAACAAUGCAUGAAGAUAAGCCUCCGGUCUAUCUGAAAAUGGUUAUUCUAAGUUGCAUUUUACAGUGCGAAUUUUGCGACUUUGUCUUCUCAGAGGUAUCUUAUCUGUUUGUCCAUUCGGCUUGUCAUUUACCAGACCGUCGCUUUGAGUGCUUCUCAUGCGAUAUUCAUAUGCGUACCUCCAAGGAGAUUUGCGCACAUUGGCAAGCUGAAUGUGUAUUCAUGCGAGAAAAUUUGAAGGUACAUCAAGCUACCACCCAGCGAUAUUUUGUUUGCAAUGUUUGCGAGAAUAAAUUUCAAUCUCUUGAUCAGUUACAUGAGCAUCGAUACACAGCAUAUCACUUUUUCCCGCGUUUGAAUAAAUGUCUAGGUGUAUUACAGUUGCCAUGUGAGUAUUGCGAUGUAGUUUUCGAAUAUGCUCAAGAAUGUGUGGCUCAUUACGAAGAAAAACAUUAUAAAAAGUAUAAACGUGAUAAAGACGGAUCAGGAUCUUCUAGUAAAACUCGCCAAUACUUAUGUGAUAUGUGCGGAAAAUCCUAUACACAAUCAAGCCACUUGUGGCAGCAUUUGCGCUUUCAUCAAGGAGUAAAACCAUUUGCAUGUAAGGAACCUGGUUGUACGCGCAAAUUUACUAUACGCCCAGAUUUGAAUGAUCACAUACGUAAAUGUCAUACCGGCGAACGUCCAUAUCAUUGUUUAGUUUGUGGGAAACGCUUUUUAACUGGUUCCGUUUUCUAUCAACAUCGUCUCAUACAUCGUGGAGAACGACGGUAUGAAUGUGAAGAAUGUGGCAAACGAUUUUAUCGAGCAGAUGCACUCAAAAACCAUCAACGCAUUCAUACCGGCGAAAAACCAUUUGGUUGUCUGUUUUGUACGAAAAAUUUUCGCCAACGUGGAGAUCGUGAUAAGCAUAUAAGAGCGCGUCAUUCUCACUUGGAUGCAAAUGCUCGUCUGAUGAUGCAAAUGCAAAAACUUCAGUUGGAAGCAGCAGCAGCUGCAGCUGCAGCUCAAGUUGCAGUUCAGCAGCAACAAGCAAGCAAUGCUGCCUUAAUGAGUGGAAUACCCACUGUAGCACCUGCUCUCAUGAGUAUGCCAUCUAUUAACAAUGAUAUAAUCGAUGGCCUAGAACAGUCACUAGACCCGAACGAAGUUGUUAUGAUCGGAAAUGUGGCUUUUCCGAAAAGCAUGUUUGAAUCUGUAAUUCCAGAUAUUGAUGAAGAAUCAGCACUAAGAGCCAUGGAGCAGUUGCAAUAGGAAGACGUCAUCUGUCUGUGAUAAAAAGUACAUAUAUAUAAACACCUAUCUAUUCCUAUAGUAUGGUAUAUACAUAUGUAUAAAUAAACACCUAUUUAGUCUUAUCGCUGCAGAAUACCAGUGCCCAUACUAAUAUUUUGCUGGUAUCGCUUAGCUAAUAUUUUAAAUCAAAAACUCUUGUAAACUCAUUUAUUCAAGUUAUUGAAUUAAUUGUUCCCAGUCCUUUUAUGUUUAUAUGUUUUAAUUUAAAUGAAUUUGUGAUUUUGUUUUGGCUUGAUUUUGUGUUACAGAUUAAGUAGCUUAUGCAUGUAAUGAAUUGAAAAGCAAAAAAAGUAUUUAUCGCAUAUUUUUGAAAAUUGUGUAGAAUGGAAGCACAUUACUCGAAAUUGCAAGAAUUCAAUAUUAUUCGCCCUUUAACAUAAAUUUACAACCAAAUCGAAUGAGUCAUGUAAGAAUUAUUGCUUCCAAAACUUUUCCAAAUUUGCGAAUUUAUUCUUGGUCUACGAAUUUUGGUUUCCAUCGGUUUAGCGAAUAACUUGAGUAAAAAUUGGGAUGUCUUAAAUAAAUUUCGCACAAUUACACAUUGUGCUAUUUGCAUAAUAUUUUUAAAUAGUUGUAAUGAAACUAAACAAUUUUUCAAAUGAAAACUGGUAAAAAUACAUCAUUUACGCUAUACCCAACGAUUUAGUGGAAAAAUUCUGGCUUUAUGGUAAGAAAUAUCAGAAAUAGGGUUUGUAAAUAGCACUGCAAUAUUCCUUCAAUUUAAAAUGUACCA